AAUUAAUUUUAAGUGUAAAAAUUAAAUGAGAGAAAUCGUAAAUAUUCAUGUAGGACAGUGUGGUAACCAGAUUGGUUAUGACUUCUGGGAAGGAGUCUGCCAAGAACACUCUAUCCAACCAGACCUCACCUGUGCAGAUUAUGAGCUCGCUGAGCACCAUAAUACAUACUUUGAGGAAAUUGACAAUGGCAAGUUUGUCCCAAGAGCUGUCUUGGUAGAUCUUGAGCCAGGAGUUCAUAAUAGGAUCGCUAAGCAAACUUAUGGAUCUAUUUUUAACCCUGAUAUGAUCUAUAACGAUCAACCAGGAUCUGGAAAUAACUUCGCAAUGGGAUUCUAUUCUACAGGAAGUGAAAUCAUCGAAGAAGUAAUGGAAGGAAUCAGAAAACAAGCAGAAAAAUGUGACUGUAUGGAGGGAUUCCAACUAACUCACUCUCUUGGAGGAGGAACUGGAUCAGGACUUGGAUCCUUGGUCAUGCAAAACUUGAAAGGAGAAUUCUCAGAUAAAAUGCUCACGGCCUAUUCGGUUGUUCCUUCCAUUAAAAAUCCAGAGGUAGUAAUCCAACCAUAUAACUCAAUGCUUUCGAUGAACUACCUCAUUGAGGAAUGUGAUAGCAAUGUAUUGAUCAGUAACGACUCCCUGAAUAAUAUUUCCCAAUUCUCAUUGAAACAAAAAGAUGUUUCAAUCAGUUUCAUCAACAAAAUAGUUAAAAGAGCAAUGCUUGAAACAACUUCUUCUCUAAGAUUUGGAGGUUUCAACAACGCUGGAAUGAGAAAAUUAAAUACUAAUCUGUGCCCAUUCCCAAGACUACAUUUCCUGACGACCACUUUGGCUCCACUAUCAAACAUGCAAGAUAAGAUUUAUGAUGUAAUGGGUGCUAGAGAAUUAGUCAGAGAACUCUUCUCAUCUAAUAAUGCCAUUUGCGAUGUUGAGCUUACCAGAGGUAAGCUCCUCACAGCAGCUGCUAUUUUCAGAGGAGAUAUAGAAUCAUCUGCUGCUGAAUCUUCAUUAGCAAAAUUAAAGCAAAAGAACAGUGGUGAAUUUGUAGAGUGGAUUCCAGAUAGUCUGUUGAGCUCUAUCUGUUCAGUUCCUAACGCAGACUACUCUUGCUCUGCUGUGCUUCUAAGCAAUACUACCUCCAUCCAGUCACUUUUUAAGACUAUUGACGACACCUUCACUCCGUUAUUGAAGAGAAAGGCUUACAUGCACCACUACAUUAGAGAAGGGAUGGAAUGGUCAGAAAUGAGUGAGGCUCAGAUGAACAUGCUGGACCUUAUCAACGAAUACCAACAGUACGAAGCUGCUACCUGUGAUGAAGAAUACGAAGAAGAUGAUGAUGAAGAAAUGGAGGAAGAGUUUGGUGGCUUUAAAACCACUCAUAGUCACUCUGACUUACACUCUACUCAUGCUAGUUCAUGCAAAGAGUAAAAUUCACCAGGAAUAUACUAUAUUUUAACUAAUAAUUAAGUGAA